GGGUUAAGAAAAGAUGGCCUCUGCCCCGGCGCCGGUCCUGGUUCUGCGCAUCCGCCGGUCCUGGCUCUGAGCAUCCGCCGGAGGUCCGGUUGCUCUCCCUCCGCCCGGCCCGCUGGCGGCGCUGUGCGUCGUUCCGCGGCUGGGCUGCCAAGCCGGAGGUUGCUCUUGGCGGGGUAGGCGGGCGGGGCGGGUCGCGGCUCCCAGGAUGCAGUUUGUAUCAACACGGCGGCGGUGGCUGCGGCGGCGGUGGCGGCGGUUGCCGCUGCUCUGGGGGUCCGGACAAACCGACGGCGGUUCGGCCUGGCUCGCGGCCCGGCUGUGUGAGGACAACAGCGGGGAGCCAUGGCCGAGGCGGCUUCUCCUCCGAACAAGGGAAAACGACGCUCCACAUCUAUAACUUCCUCGUCACUCCUGCCUUCAGCCUCAGAGAAAGAUUCAUACCUACAGAGUACAGAGAUCUCCCUCUGGACUGUGGUGGCAGCCAUUCAGGCAGUGGAAAAGAAGGUGGAGUCCCAGGCUGCCCGAUUACAGACCCUGGAGGGGCGGACAGGGAUGGCAGAGAAGAAACUGGCUGAUUAUGAGAAGACAGCAGUAGAGUUUGGGAACCAGUUGGAGGGCAAAUGGGCUGUGUUAGGGACCUUGGUACAGGAGUAUGGGUUGCUCCAGAGGAGGCUAGAGAACAUGGAGAACCUGCUGAGAAACAGGAACUUCUGGAUCCUGCGACUGCCCCCAGGCAGCAAGGGCGAGGUCCCCAAGGUGCCUGGGACUUUUGAAAAUGAUGGAGUCUAUUUCUCAGAGCAAGAAUGGGAGAACUUGGAUGAUUGGCAAAAAGAACUUUACAGGAAUGUGAUGAAGAGCAACUUUGAGACCCUCGUCUCUCUGGACUGUGCCAUUUCCAACCCUGAGAUCCUGGCCCACCAGGAAGAAGAAUCUGGUACAGAGGAACUGGGGGAUUUGGCUGGGGAGAGCCCUGGUGGUCCCCACCCAGAUGGAAUUAUGAUCAAACAGGAGAUGAAGUACCAUCAAGAAAGCCCUGAAGACUUGCCUGGAGAGUUUUCUGGUAGUGUUGAACAGCAUACUUUGCUAAUCCCUGAGCAGGCUGCAACCUGGGAUGGUCAGGGCAAUUCUAUCCUUUUGGAGACUGACCCAGAAGUUGCUAAACUGGAAGAAGCUAUUGAGUGUAACCAAGACCGAAGUGAUGCCAAAACAUUGGGCUUUCAUCGGAAGCGGAAAUCUAGUGGGCAAGCCCGAUCAGGUCAGGAAUGCAGACAGGGUAUGAGGUUGAAAAGGAGUCUGGCCCACCCACGAAGCCCCCCAGCCACUGGUUCGUAUGACUGCUCUGAGUGUGAUAUCAGUUUCCGAUACAAGCAGCAGCUAGCUGUUCAUAUGAGGACCCACCCUGGUUGGGGGUCCUUUGGGGAUCCAGAACCUGAGGAGAAUCUACGGCCCAGGCCCCAGCUCAAACCUCAGGCCAAGAAGAUGAAGCCACACCGGUGUGAGGAGUGUCUGAGAAGUUUCAGCUGUAAGGCAAGCCUUGUGACCCACCAACGGUGCCACCUGCAGGAUGGCUCAAGCAUGGGCCAGCGAGUUCAGGAGAGGUUCUCACCCAACAGUCUGGUGGCACUACCGGGCCACAUCCCUUGGAGGAAGAGCCGCAGCUCACUUAUCUGUGGCUACUGUGGCAAGAGCUUCAGCCAUCCUUCUGACCUGGUGCGACAUCAGCGCAUCCACACAGGUGAACGGCCCUACAGUUGUGCACAAUGUGAGAAGAGUUUUGUCCAGAAGCAGCACCUAUUACAGCACCAGAAGAUCCACCAGAGAGAACGGGGUGGGCUGGCCCUGGAACCUGGAGGGAGUGAUGGGCUGCUCUAAGGAUGCCGGCCCCUCAUCUAUCCCCGGGGCAGGGGGGGCCGGCAUAAGCCCCCUGGAAAGUCACUGUGCAGGGUGAGGCACCUCUCAAUUAGAUCCUGCCUUAGGGCAGGGUGAGCUCAGUCACCCCCCUACCCUCCUCUCUCCAUUCUCCGACCAAGCACUAGACUGAGCCCGAACUCUUCCCUGAAAACCAUGCUGAGAUGGGGUAGGUAGCCUGAGAGUCAGGCUUCCUUAUCCUGCCUUCCACCUGCUGAUGAGUCAGCCAUUCUUUGGAAUCCUUUGUGCCUCUUGUUUUUCACAUUACCCCAGGGCUUGUGGGUUGGAGUGGUCUAAGGUCUGCCACCUGGUGAGGACUUCUGUUAUGUUGCCAGGCCCAGGUAGUGUUCUUCACAAGAAUCCCAGAAUGGAAAUUCCCACAGAACCCCUUCUGCCCCUCCAGGUGACCUGUGAUCACCCCAAGGCGUAUUGUGGGGCGUUUUGUAACUGCCUCUGGGGGAGCAGGGCCAGAGGUAUUAGCAGUCCUGUGGCAGGAAGUUGGGAAGCACAAUAUUACAUUUCUCUUUUUUUAAAAAAAAGUUAUAUUUGGUGUUAACAUGUAGGAGGAUUAACUUAAAUGAGCCACUUUCCUUUCUCUGUUGAUAUCUGUCUUGAACUCAGUUUGAGGAUUUUUUCAUUUAAUUUUUAAAACCAGGAUUUCUGACAGUUGUUUUUUUUAAUUCUAAAAGAAGUGGUUGUUCCUAACAGUGGGACUGGGCCCACCCUCUAGGAGGGAAUAAAGGAUAUGAGGUUUCUUUAGUGUUGCCUUCACUGUGGAAAAAUCAGGGAGCAGAGGAAGUGUUUCUGGUAUUCCUCUGACUAGCUCCUGGAAUUCAUAAGUAGGAAUGGCUUUGUCUAUAGAGAAUCAAGGGGAAGAGAUAAAAUUGCUAAAAUCCUAAAGCCCCUGCAGAGAUUGUGAAGGUAAACUUUGAGCCCUGUCACUGGAACAAGUGUAGAAUCUGGUUUCAGGGCUUCACUUGUGAGCAAGGAACUGGGCCUAUUUCUUCUGUAUGUAUGUGUGUAUGUAUGUAUGUAUGUAUGUAUGUAUGACCUUAGUUGCUCCAUGAAGGUCUGUGGCCUUGGUUUAUCAGGGUUUUCCAGGUUUUGGAAUUGGCUGUGGGUCUUACUUUCAGAGAGACAAAGAAAGGAAGUAUUCAGUUCCUUACCUCCGAAGCCACUGCCAAAUGCUCAUUACUAUUACUGAUGUCUCUGGUGGAAAAAGAGGGAAAGGGUUCCUGGUUCAGACAGGAAUUCCUCAUUGUGCUCUGCAUAGAAUAAAACUGCUAACUAGCAAAAAGCCCUUAUCUGGUGUUUUCCUCCUGUCAAAAAUAGCUUUCCUAGUUUUGGGGAGCUGAAGUGAGAGAGGCACCCUUACUUGGGGUGUUACAAGGGAACUGGUCAAGAAGCUUACAUUUAAGGCUCUGUGGAGUCAGUAACUUCCAUUGCAUUGAAAUGCAGGUCAGCUACAUGACACAGGUUUGUCCUGCCAUAGAACUAAACUUUCUAAUGUUUGUAAGAACGCUGCACGUCUUCUCAGCUUUAUGUCCUUUCCCUAAACUCCUCCCUUAAAAACAUCCCCUAUUAGUCCUCACAGGAUGGGACUCUUACUUUUUGAACAUUUGCUUUAUAAACAGGAGAGUGACUUCCUUUGAACUAUCGCUUACUUGGACAAAGGAGCUUUAAUAUUUGGUAAAUUUGGUGAUAACUAGUAUUAUUACCAUGAGAAACCCUUACAAGUUCUUAGUCCAACUUCAGCCUUGAUAGUUCCCUUGUAAUUACAAUGAGUAAAAUCUACCUGGUGAGGUCACCACAGUUCAAUGUCUCAUCCUGAGUUUCAUAGCGUUACAACUUUGACUUUUAACUUGAGAGGGGCAAUGAUGAACUGAUGAAUGCUAACCACAUUCACAGGAGCUGGCUUUAUUAUAAAACAGUGAAAAUUUAUUAAAUUACAGUGGGAGAUAGGCUUGGCCUGACAACCAUACCUGGACAACUCAGGAGAUUAAAUGAAUAUUCAGAAGGUUUAUUGAGCAUAAUAUUGAAGCAAAAGAAGUUGGAUGUUCCUAAGGGAUAUUUCCAUUAAGCUGUGUACCCAAAGACAUCACAUUUGGAACCUUCUCCUUGAGCUUAUUAUAUAUCAAUGUCAGCUGAUGUAUCAGGGUGCUUUCAGGUAGCUGGUGGACAGACAGCUAGCUAGCUGAACAAAGCGAUGCGUGUUUAACUUUAUUUUCAAAACUUCAUGGCAAUUGAAAGGGAAGUCAUUUGAAAAGAGAACUGCAGGAAGAGUCAUUUUUAAAUACGUUCUCCAAAAAAAUUGCUCAAAUAAUGAGAUCUAAGUUCUCAAACAUUGAACAAAAUAUUUUUUUUAUUUUGCUGAAUCUUGCAAAUUUUGAUUUCCUUAGUGAGCAAGAGUUCACUGAAAAAACCAUAGCUGACCUGAGGCACAGAACUGAGGUUUAGAGCACCAUGGAUUCAGGGAGAGUUACCAUUCAUAUUCAGGGAAUGCCAGUGGGCAUUAGAAACAGGCAUGUCAGGCAGGAGACAAGGCAUCACAUACCAGCUGGGGUUGCUGAUCAUAGGGAUGUUUCCUAACUGUUUCAACACUAAAGAAACUUCAUAGUAGAAAGCUGAUGUUUGGUAUUUGAAUAGGUACUAUUAACUUAUGUUUCCAGAGGAACCUGUCAGCCACCUGACCUUACUACCUUAUACGUGAGAAAUUGCUUGGUCUAUUCCAGAAGAGUGCUUAGCUUAAUAAAGGCUGAUGAUAUUUGUCAGGAGACGGUUGGCUGCUACUAUAGAUAAGGUAGGUAGACCAUAGACUGCAAGUAAAUUAAUACUACAAAACCUUGGUGUCUUGAGAUGAGUCAUUGCUUCUUGGAUCAUGAGAAUAUAAGAGUGGCAGUGAGAUGCCUCAGCCUCCCUGACCUAAUUAGCUGAAAUAGUGGUGGCAGCUGCAGCCAGAGGAGCCGGGUUGUAUGAGAAGGUUGCUGAAGAGAUCGAUGUCUGAUAUAUGGCCUACAGAGUUGAAAGUAUACACUGUAUAGUAGACUUGUGAGGAUAAGGAAGUGUUGGCAGUUGUUAGAUAUUUGUCAAACAGCUUGUCCUGAAGCUGACAUAGUAUUGGCAUACAAAAAAACAACAAAAAAAAAAAACCAGGCCACUGCAGAAUUUCCCCAACAUAUUUUGAGAGUAGUAUGGGACAGUGCCAGUGAGAAGCAGAGCAAGGCCUUUUCUCCUGAAGAGAGGUUUGCCAUCAGUUCCAUUGUAUGGUAAACUAAUGCUCUAAAGGAUAUAGUUAUGGCACUCUUCUUCCAUUGUUAUUCUAUUCAUGUAAUUCUUCUGAAGAAUUCAGAAUCUUGUUCUUCUAUGAAGAAUUUGACAACCCUCUAGAUUGAAUUAAUAUAAACCUUGAUGUUUGAUGACUUCUGUGCCAAAAGGUAUGCACAGAGGAAGCACAUAGAGUAGGGAACUUAGCCAUAGGCAACUGCUAGGUGAGGAAAAGUCCUCUGCCAAUGCAAGAUCAAUGCCUUGCCACAUAGAGCUUUAGAAAGUUGCCCAGAGCUCUUAGAGGUCCAGCGACUGACCCAAGGUCAUACAGAGCGAAUCAAAUGCUUCUUAGCUUCAAGGCUGACUUGAAGAAAUAUAUAUUGAACAGUAUGGAUCAAAAGUAAGGAAAGAGGUCAAACCCUUGGUGACCACACAGAAGCUUCACACCUUUACAUUGCAAAUAUUUCAUUUGGAAAAAGAAAUGGGAAAGUACAUAAGCUCAAAAUGACCGAAAAAAUGAAAUGACAUUAGUGAUAUGGGGAUCAUUCCUAAAUCAACUGUGUAUAUGCAAUUAGACCACUGACUUGUUAGAGCAAAAAUCAAAAUUAGUACAAAGUUAAGGGGAUGGAUACUCAUUUUGGAGAAUUUGGAAAUAUAAAAAUGAUAAAAACAGCAUGCAAUUAAAAGGGCAACCUUACCUAUUUUAAACAAGUUAAUUGAUGCCAAAAAAUAGGAUAUGGAUGGAGAAAAGGACAUAAAGCUUGAUUAUAACAGUUUUAUGCAGAUAUUUAACUGAUAAAAUAAUUUUCCAUGAAGAAGAAACUAAAAUAGCCUAGAAACUAUAUCAGCCAGUAAAUAUAACUUUAUCUGGCUAAGUGUCAAGGACAACAAGGAUAAUUUAGAAUAACAGGCCAUAUGCAAAAUCUUACAGAAAAGAAUGGAUUGGUGGGAGAUGGAGAGGUAUCACUUAUAUGACAGUUUAAAGAAAGCCUGGUGAGAAGACUUAAAGUCAUCUGAAGGUAUUUUAGAAUGAAGCUGAAAGGACAGCAAACAGAUUGCAAAACUGCAAAAGUUCUAUACAGAUUUUUAUAGCGAACUUUACUGUCAAGGAUAGUUGACCUACCACAUUUGAAUUCAGUAUAGUUCUGGACAUCAUGAUGGAAGAAGUGGGAAAUAGCACUGAAGAAAACCAACAGAAAAGACAUUUGGAUUGUACUGAGUGGAAUUAUGUGCUUGGGGUGACCUAAUUUUGAGGGCACUAAGGAAUCAAUUCCCAAGGUUUGUGAAAGAAGAGGAAACUAGGCAUAAAAAAUCUCAGACCCUCUUAUCAAAAAAGGCAACCAAGAGGAUCUCAAAAAUAGCUUCUAAUCCAUAUACCUACUUUCCCAUCUACAAAUUUUUAUCAUCCUUGGUACACAUUGAGGGAGUCCUUCAUGAGCUUAAGGGAACAGGCACAUUUCAAGCAAUAGGUCACAUCAGAUAACUGACUGAAAGGCAUGAAAGAUACAUCUUCCUAUCAUGCUUACUGAUUAUUGGCCACAAAAAGCAUUUGAUUUUGUCAGGCAAAACAUUGCCAUAAAGGCUCUUCUCCAAAAAUUCUCCCAUAAUAUUGAAAUCAUAAAAUAUCUUGAAAGACGUAAAAACAAAGAGAACUUUGUUCAGUGACCCUCAAAUCAUCCGUGGCAAGUGGAAUAUAAAAUGGAUGUGUAUGCAUGCCAGAGGUUAAGUGAAAUUCUCUAGAAGUUCUCUAUAGGUGGUGAGGCCCUCCAAAUUCUAUUUGUAGAUGAUGUGUUUACUGCAUCAAGCCGUGGAAUAAUGCAGAGACUCCUAAAUGAGAUCAGUAACUCCAACCUUUUCCCUUGAAACAAAGUUUCUGGUGGUAGUGUGUAGUUUUGAGUCAAGGAAGAACUGAAGCUCAUAUUCAUUCAUAGGCUUUGGAGAACUGCAUAGUGGGUAUUAGCCUAACAGCACAUUACAAAUGAGACGUUGUUCAUGAAAAGUAGCAUAAAAAAUGUCAGAAAAAUGCCUCCUUGGAAAAGUUGUGUUGGAUGUAUACAUUUGAGGGACAGCCUACACAUUCUUGGUAACCAUCCAUUGUAAGGAAAACGUGAGGAAGGCCCUCAGCAUGCUGGGUGUAGCUAAGCACUGUGGCAAAUUUGUAGGGCAACACAAAUGAGAGUUGGAUUUGGAUAGGUUGGAAUUUUUGUCUUUGGAUGGUGAGCUCACAUCUUUUGGACCAUGUAUAGGGAUCUUUACGUUUUUUAAAAAAAAAGGCAACCAUCCAGUGACUUAUUCUGCCCCUGUUACAUAAGCAUGGCAGAGAGCCCUUGUUUACAGGAUGUUGGGGUGACCUAGGAACAGGAACCAGGUCUUUUUCUAAUUAAAGUACAGCUUAGAGUCAAAAAUAGCACAGUGAAGAAGGCCUCACAAAGGAGAUUGUUUCCUGGCAUGUAAUGGCUAAAAGUUUUGGGGAUCUUGGUCACCUUGGUGCCCUGGUCUUAGGAGAAAGAGGAGAGCUUCAGGGGUUCCUUCCAGAUGUAAAUGAUGCAAAUGUCUAGGAAAGGGAGGAGGAGUUAAGAUCCAGAACUGGAAGAUACUGUUUAUUUCUUGUAAAAUGGGGAAAAUGAAAACAUUUUCACGUUAAAAAAAAAACUACCACCAAGUUAUACAUUUUUGGAUAUACUAGACUGCAUUCUAACAAUAACUCAAAUUGUAUGCAAUAUAUUUUUUAUUUUCAACAAUACAUAGUAGAUUUUAAGGUCUAUAAUGGGUGAUUUAAAAAAAAUUUCCCCAAAAUUUCUGGCUCCAAGUUAAUAUGGUAUGAUACUCCUGAUCUCCUUUUCCUUAAUAUUUAAACACUUAAAACCACUAGUUCUCAGGAUUUCCUUCUGGCUUAAUAUUUGCAGCGAAUCUUAAGUUCUUGGAAGAGAAUCUGCUGUUGAUUUUGGUUGUUUCCCCAGUGCUCUGUCCUUAGGGCAUACCCUCCCACCUUCUUUGAGAAGAGGCGGGUUCUCUUGGUUACUGGACAGUGAUUUAAGGAAAUGAAGUAGUUACUGCCAAAUAGUGAUAAAAAAAAAUGACUAUGUAGGGUGUCCUUUAUGAGUGGAACCAUAUAGAAUGCAUAUCACUUUAAAAUAUCUAGCAGAAGUUAUGGGAGAGCAUGGCUAAGAGUUGUGGGGGUAAUGGCUUGUGAUGCUCACCAUUGGACACUGAAGUUUGAAAUACAUAAUUUAUAUUUUUAAAUUUUUUCAUGAUUGAGAGCUAAUCUUAUAUGGGUUCAGGGCAAUUUUAAGAAUACGAUUACAUGUAAGAAUAAAAAUGGCCAAUCCAAUAAACAUUUUUUUAAGCA